AUGGGUUCAAUCCGAGAGGAAUACGAUUUUGUCAUCGUAGGAGCCGGUCCCUCUGGCUCAGUCCUUGCAUCUGGACUUGCUCGCACCAGUAAAAAGCCAUCAGUUCUACUCAUCGAAGCAGGCUCGGUCAAUGACAAUGUGGAGUACACGGUACCCGCAGACCGGUUUUCUCUGGCUUUUUCGCAGCCAUCCCUGAACUGGGGUUACAAAACGGCCCCCCAGACUCAUCUGAAAGGCCAAGAGGUCGAUUAUUCUAGGGGAAAGGGUUUGGGUGGAAGCUCUGCUAUUAACUUCAGCUGUUGGAUUUUGGGUUCUAGUGACGAUUAUGAUGCAUGGGCUGAUAUGACUGGGGACGAUGCGUGGAAAUGGGACGGGAAAGACGGAGUGAAAGAGAGGAUUAAGAAGAUAACGACCUACCAUACUGAAGUUAGAGAGGAGCAUAGGAAGUUCAUUGACCCGAAGCCUGAAGGUUAUCACGGAACCUCUGGGCCACUUCAUCUGAGUUACGCAGAUCCAUGGGAAAAGGGACUAGAGAAUGUAUUUAUUGCGGCAGAGGAAGUUGGAAUGCCACUUAACAAAGAUGUUCUGGAAGUCAAUAGCGGGAAUCCGAUUGGUAUGGGAAUGGGUGCUGGUUGCAUGUAUGCCGGAGCUCGUACAACAGCCGCUGUUUUCUUAAAAGAUCCGCCUUCGAACCUGACGAUCAUGACUGAUGCACCAAUACACAAAGUUAUCGUCGAUGAGUCAAAAACGGCAAAGGGAAUCUUGACUAUAAAUGGCCGCCAAAUAUACGCCAACAAGGAAGUUAUUCUUUCCGCUGGUGCACUGAACACUCCUCAGCUUCUCCUGCUCUCCGGUAUUGGGCCACGCUCAGAGCUGGAAAAACACAACAUUCCAGUCAUCCACGAGAUGUCUCAAAUUGGACAGAAUCUUCAAGAUCACUCUUUCGUCGGCAGUACGCUUAUUCUAAAGGAAGGAACGAAUGACCGCAUGAUUCAUGAAGGUGAUGUUGAAGGAGUGAAAAAGCUAAGAGAGCAGCAUGCCAUAGACAAGUCUGGUGUGUUGAAUAGUAUGUAUUGCAGCACUCCGAUGGGCUUUUUCAAGAGCGACGCGAUUCUCAAUAGCGAGGAAUUUAAGUCACUUGAUAAGGCAGAGCAAGAAAGAAUCAAUGGGGCGACAGUUCCGCACUUCGAGAUCGCAACUCACAUCCCACCACUUUAUUUGGGAGACUACGAACUCAAGCCCAACGAUGCCUACCUUUGUGCUCUUGCCUUCAUCAUGAACCCGCAAGCAACCGGUUCAGUUACGCUGAGAUCUGCAGACCCAUCUGCCAAUCCAAUUAUCCAACCAAAUCUUGCAAACCAUCCUUUUGACAGAAGAGUGAUUAUCGAGGCGCUGCGAGAGAUGUGGAAAUUACUCGAGGCGCCAGUUUUGAAAAAGGAUACCGUACAGAUGGUCGGUGUACCAAAGGGCAGAAGCGAUGAAGAAAUCUGGGAUUACGCUUCUGGCUGUUUAGCGAGUUCCUGGCACAUGUGCAGUACAGUCAAGAUGGGGAAGCCUGACGAUACCACUGCUUCUACAGAUACUGAUUUCCGGCUUCGUGGCAUUAAGAACCUCAGAGUUGUCGAUUUGAGUGUCAUGCCUUUCUUGGUGAGCAAUCACACACAAUCAACAGCAUACUUAGUCGGCCAGACUGCUGUGGAGAAAAUGAUGAAGGAAUAUGGGUUAGAGGAAAGUGUUUAA